CCACGGCACUCGGAUGCAGCGACAACGAAUAUGCAGGUGACAGGUCGCAGUGGGAGAUGUACAUACCGGGAGCAGACAGGCUCACUGUACAGGACUAUCCACAGUUACACCGAGCCAUUCCAAGAAAAUCUAGAUAAUCGGUCUCCGUUGAUCAUCGUUCUCGAUCAUCUCCAGGCCUCCUUACUGGCCACACCAACUCCAUUUCCCGUCUCGCCUUCGAGAAUGCCACCCGUCCUGCCGACUUCAGUCCGGUCAAGACGAACGAUUCGUUUCCCUCCAGAACGAUGAAAGAAGAACACGACCUACGAGCACAUAAGAGCAGAGACUACCUCCUCGCAACGAGUCGGAGCCGACAGACCUCGUCAGCACACAAGCGAAUUCGAGGACGUGCAACUCGAUCUCCCUGCGACCUUGGAUUAAGGCGCUUUCUCACACAAAAAUCCAGACACGCACUCCGACCGAGCCGAGCGAAAGUCGUGCGUGCUUAUGAAAGAGCUAGCAUCUCCCAAAAAAUCUCCAACAUCAAUCCCUCCGCGAAGAUCUACUUGAAAGGCUAGAAGGACCAAGUGUUGAGUGCGCUUAGGCCGAUCGGGAUCACCCGUGGUCAAAACAGCUCCGAAGUCUGAGUAGUGGGAGGAUUUUGGUUCUUCCUUCGAUUUCCGGUUGAUGGAACGAAAGAGCGGCACAGUUCCAUUGAGCGUAGCCUAGGGGAUGAUAGGGGUCGAUUAGAAGUGUGAGAAGGUGCGGGGGGUAUACGGUUCGAACGCGUCCAUGAAGUAAGUACGAAGAGGGAAGGGAGUUUUCGAAGCAAAACAUUCGUUGCGUUCCGAGAAACGGUGACUUGACGCUGGUUACCAGUAGACGGAAGCUUUCCCGUCGUCUUUAAGAGGUACUACUUUGAAGUCGCCUGUGCGUUGGAGGUCGAGCGUGUCGAGGAGGCCCGUAUCUGGAGCUUGUUUUUCGUCAUCGAUACCAUGGUUGCUGGUAGGAUUGCGUUUUGGGCUGAAUGGCAAGCCAACCG